AACGCGUUUUUGCCGAACUUUUCGAAACGGGCUCUGAAUAUUCUUGAAUUGUUCCAUAUUCUUUUGCUUUGUUUUCUCAGCUCCCAAACAGGGGUUCGAAACAAUCGCUUUGUGAAAGGAGCUUCCUUUGAGCUUUCAGAGUCCUCCAUCCCUCUUUUCUCUAGUCCUUUUGGGAAUCGGCAAAUGGGUUUCUUCGCUGUCACUCUGUAAUCAAUGAUGGUUUCAUUUUCAGGUUUUUGAGGCGUGAAGAACAAACCAGAAGAAAAAGAGGUUACUUUUUUAAAGUUGUAUAGAUGGCAAAGUUGCAUGGUUUCACUGUUUGAGACAUGCUUGGAUAAUGCAAUUAUAGAAAUCCUCUUUGCUUUAAUCAUGACUUCAAAGUAGAAAAGGCGGUUUCCUGUUUGAGGGUGUGAUGGUAUCAUCCAAAAUUUCCCAAACCAUGAGCUUCGUUUGAUUAGCAUAACAUUUUAACAGGAAACUUUUAGGGUUUUAGAAAUACCAAGUAAAAGUUUUGCUUUUUUGGCAUUGGAAGGGAGAUUUUUAUAUGUAAUGGGUCAUCCAGCCUCAAACGAAAGUGAUUUAGUUGUUGAUUUGGAAAGUGGGGGGAAUACAAGUGAAGAAGAGGGGGGUAGAAACCCGUCGUCCUCUGGUGGCAUACCUGCAAAGAAAACAUUAGGAAGGGCUUGGAGCGGGAUUGUGGGAUUUGAUGGAUGUAUUAGGAGUGCAGAUAGUGUAAGCAUAUGCAAGAGUGAGUUAAAUUAUGGUGGGGCUUUUGGGAAUAGUGUGGACUCAUUGGUGGGUGGGUUGGGAGAAGAGCAAAUGGAGUUUGUGGGGAAGAAAAUGAACAAGGAGAAGCGGAAAAAGAUAGGCUCUAAAAAGCCUUCUAAGCCACCCCGGGCUCCUAGAGGUCCAUCAUUGGAUGCAGCUGAUAUGAAGAUGGUUAGAGAAAUAACUGAACUAGCCAUGAUGAAGCGUGCAAGGGUUGAAAGGAUGAAAGCAUUGAAGAUGAAAACGGAAAAGGCAUCAUCAUUAUCAUGCAGUAAUUUCAUUGCAAUGAUCAUCACCAUCCUCUUUUGCUUCAUUUUGAUCUUUCAAGGAAUCUGCUCUAGGAGCAGCAGUUCAAAUAUGAGCUUCCAUGGAUCUCCAGAGACUGCAGGAGAUGGUGGUAUGAUUAGCAUCGAGCAUUCCAUGAACCCACCUGCAACUGAAACCAAUGGACCUGGUUCUGGCUUUCCAAGUUACGCAGAAUCUGCUUCUCUUCAACAAGCAGCACUGCAGGAUGGGAGAAAGGAAUUUCGAGGAAAAUGAAAAUUUUCAGCUGGGGUUUUCUAGGAAGAGUUCUCAGAAGUCUGCAGAUGUAUAGAGCUUUGAUGUUUUUGCCAUGUUCUAGGCUGUACAGAACUGUUGGAGGAAUUCGAAUUUUUGUAAUUUUGUAGAGACAUGCCCCUGUUCUUACAUUGAAGCUAACACACUGCAGAAAUUUGUUGUUUUUACACAUUUUGACAAAGUUCAGAACCUUGCCCAUGCUGAUUUCUUGCUUGGCUUUCCCAGAUAGUAGUACACAAAUGGAGAGUUCUGUGGUCCUAA